AUGGUGUAUUGUGGCCGACCCUCCAAGGCCUGCGAGCCCUGUCGUCUCCGGCGCCUCAAAUGCGAUCACCGCCGACCAGGAUGCACCCAAUGCCGCAACGCCGGUCGGGUCUGCAGCGGCUAUCGCGCCGACAUCGACGUCAACUUUCGCGACCACACCGACGCCGUAGUCCAGCGAUAUAGCAGCAGCAGCAGCAGUAGCAGCAGCCAGAAGUCCACCCGCGCUGCCCCAGCCCCAGCCCCUGUCCCAAUCCCCGCCCCAGAAUCCCACCUGGUCGUCGACACGGCCCUCCACAUCGCCGUGACCCGCUUCCUUUCCCAAACCACCCACAGCGUCCUAUCCGAAUACGUCCUCCCUCUCUUCUCCCAAUCCCAAUGCGCCCCCCUCCUCACGGCCUCCAUGCAAGCCAUCAGCCUGGCCUGUCUCGCCAACGAGCAAAACCGCCCGGACCUGCUGACCCCAGCGCGCGAGAAAUACGGCCUCGCCCUCCAACGUCUCGGACGCGGUCUGCACACCUCCCUCCGAAUGCCCGGCUGCAACGAACUCCCUUUCAUCUUCUGCUCGGUUAUGCUCCUCGCCCAAUUCGCCGGAAUUGCUUCGCGAUCCGGUGAAGGCCGCGCCGAAUGGUCCCGACACGUCAACGGCGCGUUCUCGCUCCUCGUGACCCGCGCCUUGCAGCAUGCCUGUCCGCUCACGAUCCCGGGACAGAGUCUGUAUCUGCAUGUCGUGAGUUGUCUGCUUUUGGAUUGUAUUCAGCGUCGGACGACGUUCUCGCCCCAGAUGCGGGCCAUUUUGUAUGCGCGGAGGGCAGAUGUGUCUGAGUUUCAACUGAGGUUUUGGGGGCUUAUGGAUCGGAUGUGUGUUUUGAGGGCUAUGGAAGGUCGGCCGGGGGGGCCCGAGGGGCAUCUCACGCCACAGAGGUUGAAUACUGCAUGGGAAGACCUCGAUCGGGAGGUGCGUCUUUUGAUGCAGAAUAUGCCGCUUUCGUAUGCUUAUCGGUCUACUUCGACGGCUGAGAUACCUGUCGACAACGGCAAGGGUCUUGAUACGCCGUAUGAUGUGUAUGCCACCUACCGCAUCGCUCAGAAUUGGAAUACCCUUCGCAUGGUGCGGCUGUUUGUUCAGGAGCGUCUGCUGGAACAGCAGAGUACCUCGUCGGAGGACGAUAGUGGGAACGCCAAGGUAAAAGACUGCCGAGCGGUGAUUGCAACACUUAUACAAGAUAUCUGCGCUAGUGUACCCCGCGAGCUUCGACAGUCAGCUGGCAAUCAAGUUCAGCAGUUACCCUCUGCCAGCGGAUGGGCGUAUUCGCUGGUCUGGCCGCUAUCGCGCGCGGGUGCCUCUGUGCAUUGUCCCCCUGAGUCAAAGACGUUUAUCGAUCGCCAGAUGAAGAUCCUGCAGGAGCGGAUCGGGUUGGAUAUUACGGGGGCGCAGGCGCCAGAGGAAUGGUGA